AUGGCUAUGGAAGAAAUUGAGUAUUUAACAGCAAAUGUUGGUGGACUUAUUACACUUAAUACAUUUACAUCGACUAGUAUUGAUCCUGAGAUUGCUCUAAGUUUUAUUCUUGAUUCAAUGAACUAUGAUGGAAAUCAUGCAGUAUUUUUUGAAAUUCAAAUCAAUACAGAACUUUCUUUAACAAAUCCGUAUGCUAAAAUUUCCAGUGUCAGUACAAUGCCUAAUGAAUGUGAGGUAUUACUGUCGAUUGGAAUGAUAUUACGAAUCGAUACCGUUGAGAAGCAACAACUUAAUGACAAAGUCUAUUGGUUGGUAAAAUUAAAUGUAGAAAAAGAAGAAACAUUACCAAUACAAGAACUUUUUCAAUCAUUGAAAAAUGAUAUUGAUAAACAAGAAUCAGAUUUAGUCAUAUUCAGUACCAUUUUAUGGCAUAUGGGUGAUUAUGAUAGAGCUGAAAAGUAUUCAAAAAUAUUAUUAAAUGAAUUAGAAGCAAAUAACUCAAAUCGGGCAAAUGUCUACAAUAUUUUAGGUUUAAUUUAUGCAUCUAAAUCACUCUACGAUGAAGCUAUUGAUGCUUAUAAUCAAUCAAUUGAGAUUCGUCGUCAAUCACAAGAUGAAAAUGAUCAUAUUGAUUUCGCACCAGUCUAUAGUAAUUUAGGCUGUGUUUAUAGUGAGAAGCAAAAUUAUAAAGAAGCUUUUCAUUUUCAUCAAAAAGCUUUGGACUUAGCGCAAAAACAUUUGUCAACAAAUGAUAUAGGCAUGUUUACAUACAUGAUGAAUAUAGGUUUGGUCUACGAUAAUUUGAAUGAUUAUGUACAAUCGUUGACAUUUUACAAGAAAGCUUUUGAAAUUAUCGUCGCAUACAUGAAAUGCGAUCAUCCAGAAAUUGCAAUCCUUUUUAGUAAUAUUGCUUCAGUCUAUGGUAAACUUGGCAAUUAUGAACAAUCAUUAGAAUAUCAAAAAAAAGCUCACACAAUAUGGACAAGAACAUUGCCACCAUUUCAUACAAAUAUAGUGCAAUCUCAUUGUAAUUUAGGCACAGCUUAUGCUUCGCAUGCAAAUGAUGAUGAAGCAUUAAAACAUUUUCAUUUAGCUUUGGAAAUUCUCGAAACUCAUCAUAGUGAUAUUUAUAGAAAUGUAUUAGCUGCAUCUUGUCAUAAUAAUAUUGGCACGAUCUAUUUAACAAGACAAUUAUUUGAACCAGCAUUAAUACAUUUUGAAAAAGCUUUAGACAUUUAUAAACAAUAUAAAAAGAGUGAAUCCAUAGCUACUAUUUAUAAUAACAUCGGAACACUCUAUUCAAACCUUGGCAACUAUUCUAAAGCUAUGGAAUAUUAUUCGAAAUCGAUCGAAUAUUAUAUGUUACAAAUGCCAGUUGUUGACAAAUGUUCAUUAGCACAGGCACUGGAUAAUGUUGGAUUAAUUCAAUUUCAUUUUGGAAUGUAUACUGAAGCUUUGGAAACUUUUCGAUCAGCAUUUGAUUUAGUUCUUGGUAUUUUACCAUCUGAUCAUCCAUCCGUCAUUAUGUAUGGUGAUCAUGUUGAAAUGACAAACGAUCAAAUAUCUCAAUAA